AAACUAAUCGGAAUGGCUAAUCAUCCUCCGGAGGCGGUCGAGGUUGAGGGGGAGUCGGAAGGCCAAGUUGUGCUGCCAUAUGCACAAUUCCGUUCCACCAGGUCGCGAAUUGGGAGUGCGAGAAGCUAUUCUCAUAUCAAUUCCAUAUAAUUCCCCUGAUUUCGUGUGAUCUUCUUCUUGAUUCCGUGUGAUCUUCUGAUAGACUUAUAUGAAUACUUGCAUGGAUUAAUGUGCUUUUGAAUACUUGGAUUUUAACCGAUUUCCUUGCGGACGAAAAUAUACUUGGAUUAAUGUGCUUUUUGAGAGCAUCCACAAUAGCGCCUAGUGCACCGCCUAGCCGAGCGUCGGCGCUAGGCGAACCAUUGAAGCUAGGGUCCCUGAAAAUUAUGACCAUGCCAAUUCAGGGAAAAGCCAAUUGAAGAGGCUCCUGCUGCUGUCUUUGCAACCUCACCUCUUCUCCAUGAUUGUAUAGAGGCGUCUUUUGUACUUGAAAUUAUUAUAAGGCUUGAUUGAUGUAUAACAAGUGUGCAUAAAAUGACAAAGAUGACCUCACCCUAUGUACAUUGCAGCACUAGCAUGUUACUUUUACAUGUUGUUAUUGAUUCCCUUACUAAAAUAUUGCAAAUCUUGGACAGAUUCAAGGCUAAGUGCAGCCACCUUGAUUAAAUUAUAGGCAACUACACAAUAUAAUACUCAAAUACUAACAAUUUAUUAUUGUUUGCUCAACUCAAGCCUCAAAGGUCAUCAAUGCUUUGUUCAGCUGUUUAGAUCAAUCACAUCUUGUUUUUGUGCGAUUGCAUUUUUCAACAAGCUUUGCUUCCUUUGUUUUCCAAGCAAGAAGAUAUCUGGAAAAUGGCUUACAAUCUUCAACCUCUCAUCACCAUUCUUGAAGGAAUCCUUGAUCCUCACCAACCACGAUGGAUUGUUGAUGAAAACAACCCACAACUCCAAUCCCUCUUCGAUAAAUCUACUUCUCUUCAAAAGCUCCUUGAUAGUAAUUCUUCAUUCACCAAACUAGACACCCAAAUCAGAGAAGUAACACACCAAACUGAAGACAUCAUUGAAUCCCACAUGGUUCAUCAUAUGCUCUCUGGAUCGGAUUGCGUGAGGUUCACUCUUUCCACACCAGAUCUGCAGCAAGUAACACGACAUCUUGAUUCUCUGAUGGAGCAAGCAGAGAAGCUGUUGGAGAUGGAGAUGGGGGAUGAGAAGAUGCUGCGUGACCUUGAUUCUGCUAUGGAACAACUGAAGCUCGUAGAUAAGAAGAUGCCGUCUAGCAGUUCAUCCAGUUCCAAGAGUGCUGUGCUGGUUGGAAUUGAUGAAGAUCUGAUGCAGCUCCAGGAUCGGCUGACCCGUUUGGAGAAGAAGCUGGAGAUCGUCCCCAUCGUUGGUAUGGGUGGAAUAGGUAAAACCACUCUCGCUCAAAAGCUUUAUGAAGAUCCUUUGAUUGUUGAUCACUUUGCAUAUCGCGCUUGGGCCACUAUCUCACAAGAUUACAAUAUGCAACAAAUUCUCUUAAGCCUUCUUCGUUGCAUAACUGGACAAGAAUGUGAUAAUCAUACUGAUGAGUUAAAAGAUAUGUUGUAUAAGAGCUUGUAUGGUAGAAAGUACUUGAUUGUAUUAGAUGAUAUAUGGAGUACGAGAUUCUGGGAUGAGAUAAAGAUGUACUUCCCAGGCAACAACAAUGGAAGUCGCAUUGUGAUCACCACUAGGGAAUCCGAUGUGGGGAACUAUGCUGACUCCUCGAGUCCUCAGCAUCAAGUGCAACUGCGUAGCGAGUCUGAAAGUUGGAAUCUGCUUCACCAACUUGUGUUUGGAGAAGAGGAGUGCCCUCUUGUUUUACAAGAGAUUGGUCGAAAGAUGGCCAAGGAUUGCGGUGGGCUUCCUCUAGCAAUCAGUGUGAUUGGAGGGUUACUAUCUAAGAUGGAAAGAUCAGAAGAUGUUUGGAGGAAAAUUGGGGACAAUGUAAUAGCAGCAAUUUCUGGAUCAGACGAGCGAUGCUAUAGUAUAUUGUCUUUAAGUUAUAACCACUUGCCGAAUCACUUGAAACCAUGUUUCUUAUACAUGGGAGCUUUCCCUGAAGACUACGAGAUUAGUGGAUCCAGACUCGUACAAUUGUGGGUUGCAGAAGGAUUUGUAAAAUCAAACGGGGAAAGAUGUUUGGAGGAAGAGGCUGAGGAUUGGCUAAAGGCUCUAGUAGAGAGAAAUCUAUUUAUGGUUAGAGAAUACAAAAAGAAUGGAAAACCAAAGAGAUACAACAUGCAUGAUAUGUUGAGGGAUGUAUGCAUUCGGAAAUGUGAUGAAGACAAGUUUAUGAAUGGUCCCAACAAGUUCACAUUCUCUAAUCUGCGCCGCAUGAUUUUUCACACAUCAUACGAAAUGGAAGAUGUUAAUGAUUCAACAGACUCAAUGAUACUAACUCGAUCAGUUAUAUGCAUUUAUUUUUGGAGUGCUGAGUUUCCAUCUGAUGCAUUUUUUGCGGCAAGAUUGCUAAGGGUGUUGGACUUAAUGGAUAUGAGAUUCGAUAGUUUCCAAACUGUUAUAUUUGAAUUUGUCAACCUACGCUUCCUAGGUGUCAAGUGCAAUUCUAGUAUACCCAGAGGAAUAUCAAGAUUGUGGAAUUUGCAAACCUUGAUUGCUCCUAAAUCCAAGUUUGAUGAGCCAGCUGAGCUAUGGAAGCUCUCUGAGUUAAGACAUCUCAAAGUGAAUGUAAUUGAGUUGUUAAAAGAUGAGGCAAUGAAGUAUAGUGUACUGAAGAAGCUGCAAAGUACUGUUUCAGUGAAAGUAUCUGAGGCAACAAGAUGGGAUGGUUUCCUCAAAAGCGUUCCAAAUAUAAAAAAGUUGGUAAUUGAUGAUAGUCUCCGAACUACAUCCGCGGCAAUUGAUCUUAGCCAUCUUCACAAGCUCGAAAUAUUAAAAUUUUGUGGUAUGAGAAGUAUAUCCUCUCCAAAAGGUUUUGGUCAUUGUUUCACAGUUAUAUUUCCUUGUAAUAUUAGAAAAUUAUAUCUGGAAAGAUGUGAAAUGAUUUUGGGAGCGUGGAGGACUCUGUGUGCACUACAUAAGCUGGAAGUUCUCAUGAUACAUAACUGCAGGUUAGAUAAGAAAUGGUAUGAUCAAGAGUGGGAGUUAGCAGAAGAACAUGUGUUCCCCUCACUGCUGUUUCUACAUCUUGAACUUUUUAGUCUUGUGCGUUGGAAAGCCGAUGAGACCAAUUUCCCUAGACUCCGCCACCUCCGUGUAUAUGGCUGCAGGAAACUAGAGGAAAUCCCAAGGGGCAUUGGAGAAAUCCCAACACUCCAAUUAAUCGAGUUAGAAGAAUGCAGCGAAUCUGCAGUGGCCUCAGCAGAAAGGAUUGUGAAGGAGCAAUCUGAAGAUGGAAACAACGACCUCAAACUUCGCAUCGUAAAAGAUGACACUUCCGAAAGUAACUGGUGGAGGUGGUGAAUCAAAUGGCCACAACAGUGAGCAAACAUAUCCAUGACAAACAUACAACUACAUUUGCCACUGUACAACAACCCUUGAGAAGCUGAUUAUUGAAGACACAAGAAACGUAUGUAUAAGGGAGAGAAGAUUGUCAGGGAGAAAAUGAUAGAAAACUAUCUAAAUGAAUGAAGACUAGCUUUAAAUAGACAUAUUGUGUUUACUUGUGAUGUUAAUUUUGGAAUGCUUCAUUUGUGUUUUAUUGUGUUUUAAUUUGGGUAUUCUUGUAUUAGCC